AUGGAAGAUUAGAUAGAUAACGAAUUCUUAGAUGAAAAUUAACAUCAAGCUCUAUAAGAGUGUGAACUUUGUCAAAGGAAAUUUCAUCCUGAAAGAAUUGAAAGACAUAUUAUAGCUUGUCAAAAAGCACAAUUGAAAUAAUAAGAAAGAGAUAAAAUAAUAUAAAAAAAGAAAAAACUUAUUGAACAAAAAAAAUAACAACUACAAUAAACAGAUGUUGAAAUUGUUAAAACUAAUUGGAGGGAGGAACAUUAAAAAUUUUAAGAGUAAAUCUAAUAUAACCGAAAAUUAAAAUAAGUAACAACAAAAUUAUAUUAAAGUUAGAAAAUCAAGGAUAAGAUAUAAAUUAGUUAAAACAACCUGAAACUAAAGUUAAUUCCAAUUAUGUUUUUUGUGAAUAUUGUGAAAGGCAUUUUGCUAAAAGUAAUUAUUAAAUCUCUAUCUAAGAUGUUGCUGAAAGACAUAUACCAAAAUGUAAAGAAAUUAUAGCUAAGCCUAAACCUCCUAGAAAGAAAACAGUUGAAAUGAUUUAACCUUCAUAACCCUUGCUUUAAGAAAAAAGAUAAGCAUAAGUUAGUACACCUUCUACUUCAAGCCAGAUGGAGAGAAAGCCCAUUAUUAAAAAAUAAUUAUCAGAUUCAUCUUAACAAUUUAGGCCUACCAGUUUAUAAAGAUUUAUAGCAGAGUAGUCUGGCAAAGCAAAUUUAACAAAUAUAGGUAUUUUAUUAAAAGUACAAUUAGGUUUUAUUGACUGUAAAGCACGAGCUACUGCUAUAUAAGAUACAGAAUGUCCACAUUGCAAUAGAAGGUUUAUUUCUAGAGCUGCAGAAAGACACAUUCCUAUUUGUGAAAAAUUAACUAGAAAAAGCUCUUUUCGUAUCAAUAUUUAAUCAAUAACAAUUAGAAAUCAAAUAUUAAAAUAGAAAGAGUGUUCCUAUAAAACAAAAUAAUUUAAUGAUGAUAGCACCUACAGCAAUUUUACCUUAAAUUUAAAGAAAGGUGAACAAGUAGUUAGAUGCAGGGACUUUGCCUCCUAUAGGAAAUAGUUAAAAGUUUUGUACAGAAUGUGGAAAUAGAUUUUAGGCAAAUCAUAAAUAUUGUGGUGGAUGUGGACAUAAAAGAGUACCUGAAAUAGUAAUUUGA